AUGGAGACCAGCUCGCCUCUGGGCGUGGAAGAGUGGGCGUUCACGCAGUCUACCGUCGAAGGCGAGGAGGAUCUGGACAGCCUGCAGCGUGUCUUGGCGAUGGACAACAAGCGCUUGGAGACUCGCAACCAGCAGCUCGCAGCAGAAAACCAGCAGCUCAAGGAGGAGAACGACCGACUGAAGGAGAGCAUGACAGCCAGGACCCUCGAGCUGGAGCAGCAGAGCCAGCAA